UGCCCCUGCCCCACGGCACCGGUCUCAGCCGAGAGAGCAGAGCCGGCUGGCUUGGUUAAGUAAGAGGGACUGCAGCACGUCGUCAGCCUGACCCCUGAGACUUCUGCCGCCGACCCGCGCGCCGUGACCUGCAACCCCUGACCCCGACUCCCUUUGGCUCGGCCCGCGCGCCCCAGGCCCGACACGGGCGGCGCGGUGGGAGGAUGAGCGGCGGGCGGAGGAAGGAGGAGCCGCCUCAGCCGCAGCUGGCCAACGGGGCACUCAAAGUCUCUGUCUGGAGCAAGGUGCUGCGGAGCGACGCGGCCUGGGAGGACAAGGAUGAAUUUUUAGAUGUGAUCUACUGGUUCCGGCAGAUCAUCGCUGUGGUCCUGGGUGUCAUUUGGGGAGUGUUGCCAUUGCGAGGUUUCUUGGGAAUAGCAGGAUUCUGCCUGAUCAAUGCAGGAGUCCUGUACCUCUACUUCAGCAACUACCUACAGAUAGAUGAGGAAGAAUAUGGUGGCACGUGGGAGCUCACAAAAGAAGGGUUUAUGACAUCUUUUGCCUUGUUCAUGGUCAUUUGGAUCAUCUUUUACACUGCCAUCCACUAUGACUGAUGGUGUACAGCCCUCACCUGCUCCCUGUCCAAAGGACCUGCUUAAUUACAGCACAGAAGCACAAUUGUAGGGGCACUCCAGCACGAGGAGCCUAGAAGACCCAUGUUUUCUGGAUGGAGAAUCACUGUGUUGGGCAUCAGUGUUUCGUGCAAGGGUUGUGACCUGAAACUUUUUAAAGAACCAUCCACCUUUUGGGGAACCAUUUCUGAAUUGUCCAUCGCCACCCAUUUCUUCUGGGAUAUCUAUCGCUAAACACCCAUUAGCCAGUUGGAGCUGGUCAUUUCUUUUGAUGCAUCUCUGGAUCAUCUGGAUGAAACAUUAAAUUGUCUUCCUCAGUUCUCCAUCAGGUGUAGAGUUUUUUAAACUAUCAGUGGCAUUUCAAGUCUUCUGAAAACAGUAUGUCAGUAUAUGUGUGGUCCAUAGCAAGUACAAGCAGCAUCUAAUAACAGUUUCCAUUGUAGAAUGUUUUCAGAUACUUGAAUAAAUCGAAUCUUUAAUUGAAAA